GUGGGAAGUGGAUGGAACCGGAAGUGGGUGGAACCGGAAGCGGAAGGAGAAGCCAUCCCCGUGGCAGUUGAGCCAGAGUUAGAAGCCACAGAACCCGGCAGCUCGGAGCAGAAUGCCGCAGACUCUGGGGAGGAAUCGUCGAGCUGCCGACUCCUCCAGACUGGAUUUCUCAGCUUCUGAACCGAUCAACUACCGAAUGUUCCUGAACAUAUGUUUUGGUUCUUGCUGCACCAAUAAUAGAUUUCACAAUGGAAGGCAGUCCCCACUCUGUGCUGAGAAGUCUGUGGCUGUGCAACUUUCCAGAGGGAUCUAUAUGUCUGUCCAAUACAUCAACUCCAACCACACCAUGGGUGGUCAAAGACGUGCUCUGAAGUCCAUAUCUUCAUGGUGCCGGCGACGGGCGCGAUGUCCGGGCGGUGCUAGAGGACAGCGAGGUCCUCUGAGCACGCUGCGCCUGUGAUCUUGCCUCUCGGUAGCACCCACCGUCAAGUGAUGUUCUUUGCUGUUGCCACCGUGGGCUGGCUCCUGUGCGCCACCUCCAUGGGCAAGGCGGAGUGGCGAGUGUGGCACGUUGACAACAACCCGCUCUUCCCCUCCGGCCUGGCCCGCGUGGGUGUGUGGCGAGUCUGCAUCUACCGCCACGACAUCAGAUUCCCGUUUUGUUACCAUUACACCUUCCACGAAUCCUUCCUCCCUCUUGACAUCCGUGUGGCUCAAAAGCUCCUGCUGGUCACCAGCCUUCUAGGGCUCCUGGGGAGAGUCUCCGUCAUCUUUGCCCUUAGGAACGCGCACAUGGGAAUUCUUCAGAGGAACGCCAUCCACGUCCCAUUCAUGGCCUCGGGGAUUCUGCACUUAGCCGCUGGCAUCUGCAUCUCAGCCACCGUGGUGUGGAAUUACUUGUCGGUGAUGAAGGAAGAGGGAAUCUCCUUUCCACCUUCUUUUGACUUGCCCUUCAAGCCAGACACUCAGGAAGUUGGGAGUACCAGUGUCAUGGCAUUGCUGGGCACCUUCCUGCUGCUGCUGAGCGGGUUUUCUUUCCUCCUGUACCGAUUUCCCCGCAACAGCCAAGUGCAUCCCAGGGUCUCAGAGCAGUGAACUUCCUGGUUGCGUUGGCUUUGCCAAUUCUUGGUUACCAGGGGAAGGUCACCCUGGUGAUCCAGUUAUUUUCAGGUUCUCAAGACUGUAGUGGAGGGCGUUUGAGCAGAAAGUCGCCAACUGUUGCCUUCUGUUACCUUCUGCGUCUGAACCGGGUUCCUUAUUUGGUUGGUUGAAUUAAAGCACUUUCGUUAAAAAGAAAA